UACAACCACUUGAGGCGUGCACAGACGGAAGUGGCUUUUGAGUGCGUAAUGUCGAGGUUGGUGUCAGGGUCUCACUACGGCAGUUGACAAGUCCAAGUCGGAGAGAUUCAGGAUGGAGGCGGCGGCGGAGGAACCCAAUGAGGGCUGCAUGGAGCCCAGAACUGGGCACUGGGGGGAGCUGAGCCAGACACCAGCUCCAUCUAAACCCCAGGAAAAGGUGAAAGCGGCGGGGAGCACUCCAGGGGCUCUGGACAGUGAUGACCCUGAGAACGCGGCAGUCAGUGCCAUGCUGCAUGCCGUGGCCGCCAGCCGCCUAUCUGUGUGCAGCCAGCAGCAAGGUGAGCCUGACCUGACAGAGCAAGAGAAGGUGGCCAUCCUGAGCCAGCUGUACCACGAGAAGCCACUGGUGUUCCUGGAGCGCUUCCGCACAGGCCUCCGCGAGGAGCACCUGGCCUGCUUUGGCCACUUGCGUGGUGACCAUCGUGCCGACUUCUACUGUGCUGAGGUGGCUCGGCAGGGUGCUGCCCGGCCGCGCGCCCUACGCACCCGCCUGCGGAACCGACGCUAUGCUGCCCUGCGUGAGCUCAUCCAAGGGGGUGAAUACUUCAGCGAUGAACAGAUGCGGUUCCGGGCCCCCCUGCUGUAUGAGCAGUAUAUCGGGCAGUACCUCACUGAGGAGGAGCUCAGCACCCGCACGCUGGCCCCUCAGCCACCUAGACCUGGCUCCCCCAGCAAACCCACCUGCCCGCUCUCCGACCUGCUGCUCCAGUCCUACCAAGAGCGGGAGCUGCAGCAAAGGCUGCUCCAGCAGCAGGAGGAAGAAGAGGCCUGCUUGGAGGAGGAAGAAGAGGAAGAUGACAGUGACGAGGAAGACCAGAGGUCAGGCAAAGACUCAGAGGCCUGGGUGCCUGACUCAGAGGAGAAGCUGAUCCUUCGGGAGGAAUUCACCAGUCGGAUGCACCAGCGCUUCCUAGAUGGCAAGGAUGGGGACUUUGACUACAGCACAGUGGACGACAACCCCGACUUCGACAACCUGGACAUUGUGGCACGGGAUGAAGAGGAGAGGUACUUUGACGAAGAGGAACCAGAGGAUGCACCCAGCCCAGAGCUGGAUGGGGACUCAUAGCUGCUGGCCCUGUAACUAGCCACCCUGACCCCACCCCAACAAGCAGCUCAGCUGAUCACA